UUUAAACCAGGCAUGGUUUAGCUCGAACCUUUUGAUAUUAUUUGUUCGGUUAUACAAGAAAUGAAGUUGAAGGCAGCUAAACGUGCUAAGAAAUCUUCAAUGCCCGAGAAGUUAGAAAAGGAAGUUCUAAAUGCUGUUAAUAGACCUUUAAAUUGGACUAAUAAGCAGCGGGUAUUGUUAAUGUGUUCAAGAGGUAUUUCUUUUCAUGGUCGACAUUUAAUGAAGAACUUCCAUAAAAUGAUGCCUCAUUCUAAAACAGAGUCUAAAUUAGAGAAAAAAGAAUCUUUGGUAUCCAUAAAUGAAAUUGCUGACAUGAAAAAUUGUCAAAACUGUAUUUAUCUAGAAAUGAGGAAAAAAAGAGACCUUUAUAUGUGGAUCUCAAAAAUACCCAAUGGCCCUUCAAUAAAAUUUUCUGUAGAAAAUAUCCAUACAAUGGAAGAGCUCAAACUUGCAGGGAAUUGUCUUAAAGGAUCAAGGCCAAUUCUUUCAUUCUCAUCAGACUUUGACAAAAUCCCGCAUCUCAAGUUGAUGAAGUGCGUAUUGACGGACGUGUUCAACGUGCCCUUGAAUCAUCCCAGAAGUAAACCCUUUGUUGACCACGUGAUACAAAUUAGUCAGCUGAACAAUCGUUUAUGGUUCCGUAAUUAUCAAAUAGUGGAUCAAGAAAAAUUUGAUUUGACCGAAAUUGGCCCGCGUUUUGUUUUGAAUCCAAUCAAGAUUUUCAAUGGGAGCUUCAGUGGAAUCACUCUGUGGGACAAUCCCAAAUAUCUUUCGCCCAACAUUAGAUUCCAUAUGCUCAAGAAAUCUUUGUCGGAAAAAUAUGUCAGAAGAACGGAAGCCAAGAAGCAAAUUUCGGCUAAAAAAAUGAGUUACACCGACGAGACGGUCGAAAAAUUUGACGAUAUUUAUGAUUGAAAUCAUUAUUGAAAAAUUGUCAAAAAAAUGAUAAUGUUUGAAAAUGGCUGCCUGACAUUUUUGUUUUUGUAAAAUUAUUAUUUUGAGUUAGACCGGAAAUGACAAUUUUAUAAACAUAUACUCGUUAAUUUUCAAAGUAACUAUUUACUUUUUUCAGAAACAAUAUGCAUCUGAUGUGGCCAGGAAUGUGAACCCGAACGGUUCAGAAAUUUAAAAUUGUUUAGUUGGGCAUUUUAAGACCACAGACCAAACAGAGGCUAAUUUAUGUAUUACGUUGUGCCGUACAAGUCCGGUUAAAAAACA